ACCCUAAACCUCAUCUCCUUCCCUCCUCUUCCCCAAACAGCCACCCAAGCCCCCUCGCCCCUUUGAUUUUUUUCUAUCACAGGCACCACAUCCUUCCUCCACGAGCAGCGUCCGGCGUCGAGCAGUGGCGCGACUCCCCAGCGGUGGCACUCGGCGAACCAGCAGCGACGGCGCACGGCAGAUACGGCGACGCGAGCUUCAUCCACGGGCGUAUCCUCCUCCACAACAACGACGGUCGGCCCCAGAUCCGACUUUUUUCGGUUGACUCGCGGUGGACCUCUGCAGCUUCAUCGUYUCUCCCUCCGGYGAACCCAUAACAGCAGUGACGGCGACCUCACGGUGAUUUACUGYAGCGUUUUCGUGCGGCRUUCGGCGAYUUCGACGGCAACCUCGCGCACAGAUCCUUCGGCGGCCUAGACAGCAGUAUUUACGGCGGCUCAGUGCGACAGUAACGGCAUUUUCGUGGCGAGGUCCGACGUCCAACACCAGAUUGUGCCAACACUUUCUCCAUUGUUUCAGCAAGGUUCAGUGGAUUCUGCAGGCAUCCUCCGGAGCUGGAGCUGUUGCGACUAUGCCCAUUAAUCUCCUCCCUCGCCUUCCCCUUCCCGUUUCUCGUUUUCCCCUAAUGAAGCUCCAGCCCUCCCUCCGCCAAUGGCGGUUUGCAGAAUUUUAGGCGACUCAAGCGUGAAUAUGAUGACGAGGGAGACGACUUCCGCUCGCGCAGCAACGGUCGUGUUUCUCAUAGAGAAAAUGUGGAUUCUUUGAUCGGGAGGGGACGUGCGAGAGGCCUAGAUUCGAGAAAUCGACGGAUUCCAGGUCAUGAAAGUUUAGGCAGAGGUGGGAGGGAUUUUAAGAAGCAAUCACGUUUCGUAGCUGAAAGUAAAAGCGAAGAAGAUGACGACGACGACGACGACGACGACGAUAAGGGUCAGAGAAUUAGGGAUUUUCUGAGCGAUGAAGAUAGUGCCGAUGACGACGAUGAACACAAUUCUGGGCUGAGAAAAAGUAGUAGUGCCUUGUUUCCACCUGGCGAGAUGGAUCCACCACGAAAUUCCUCAGGAAGUUCUGGCUCGUAUUUGAGUGAAACUAGAUUCGAUCAGUGUUCAGUAUCACCAUUGUCAUUAAAGGGUAUCAAGGAUGCUGGAUAUGAGAAGAUGACUGUUGUACAGGAGGCUACACUUCCCCUAAUACUGAAAGGUAAGGAUGUUCUUGCUAAAGCAAAAACAGGGACUGGAAAAACUUUGGCUUUUUUGCUUCCGUCCAUUGAAGUUGUUGUGAAGUCCCCACCUCCCAGUCGUGAUCAGAAGCGGCCUCCAAUUCUUGUUCUUGUUAUAUGUCCAACCCGAGAACUUGCCACUCAGGCUUCCACAGAAGCUAAUACUCUAUUGAAGUACCACCCAACUAUUGGUGUUCAAGUUGUAAUUGGAGGUACAAGACUUGCCCUUGAACAGAAACGCAUGCAAGCAAACCCUUGCCAGAUUCUUGUUGCUACUCCUGGAAGGUUAAAAGAUCAUAUAGAGAAUACUGCUGGCUUUGCUACUAGACUCAUGGGUGUGAAGGUUCUUGUUCUCGAUGAAGCUGAUCAUUUAUUAGACAUGGGAUUUCGCAAGGACAUUGAGAGGAUUAUUGCUGCAGUUCCAAAACAAAGGCAAACCCUUUUAUUUUCCGCCACUGUUCCAGAAGAGGUCCGCCAAAUUUGUCACAUUGCCUUGAGAAGAGAUCAUGAAUUUGUCAAUACAAUUGAAGAAGGCAGUGAGGAGACACAUGCACAGGUGAGACAGAUGCAUAUAGUUGCCCCAUUGGAGAAGCAUUUUAGUCUGCUUUAUGCUAUUCUUAAAGAACAUAUUGCUGAUGACGUUGAUUACAAGGUUCUUGUGUUCUGCACAACCGCUAUGGUCACGCGAAUGGUUGCCGACCUUCUCGGUGAGCUGAACUUGAACAUCAGAGAGAUCCAUUCUAGGAAACCACAGAGUUACAGGACCAGAGUUUCUGAUGAGUUCAGAAAGUCAAAAGGGCUCAUCCUUGUAACUUCAGACGUUUCAGCACGUGGAGUCGAUUAUCCAGACGUGACCCUUGUUGUACAGGUUGGCUUACCUGCUGAUAGGGAACAAUAUAUACAUCGACUCGGUAGAACGGGACGAAAAGGCAAAGAAGGGCAAGGCAUAUUGUUGCUAGCGCCUUGGGAAGAAUUCUUUUUGUCUACAGUUAAAGAGUUGCCUAUAACGAAAGCUCCACUGCCCCUAAUUGAUCCAGAAACCAAGAAAAAGGUGGACCAUGCCCUAUCCCACGUCGAGAUGAAGAACAAAGAAGCGGCUUACCAAGCAUGGCUUGGUUACUAUAACUCAAACAAGACCGUGGGGCGGGACAAGUACAGGCUAGUCGAACUUGCCAACGAGUUCAGUCGAAGCAUGGGACUCGACAAUCCUCCUACUAUUCCCAAACUAGUACUUGGAAAGAUGGGUCUCAAGAAUAUCCCUGGUUUGCGAGUGAAAUGAUUCAGAGGAAGUUGCAACUUGCAAUAGAGAAGUAAAAGAGGAAGAAUGGUUCUUGUGCCAGAAAGUGAACGCAAGAGCCAAUUUUGUAAUUCUCUCUUUGAGAUUGAUUGUUAUGUAGGGUCAAAUUACACUUAUAAGUUUCAAAUAUAAAAUUCUUACCAGUUCAAGAAUAGAUUCUUUUAGUUUUCUGAUUGGGCCAAGUUAUUCUUGUAAAGGAGGAUCUUUAAACUUUUACCAGAAAAGAAUGAAAGUAUCAAUCAAGCUA